AUGGUUGAGAAUAGUGCAAGUGAUGAAAAUGAUGUAUCAUUACGAAACAAAAAGGAAACAGGUUUAAUAACAGCACAACAUAUCAUUCCGUCACCCCUUCGGCGUCAUCAUCUGAAAUUUGGUGUCCUUGGAAAACGUUAUUCUUAUGGUUAUUUGGGUAAACGAAAUGACGCAUCAAAUAUGGACGAUAAUUUUCAAGAAUGGUUAAAUAAUAUGAGACAACGACGUGCUGGUCGGCCGCAAUAUGGAUUAUUAGGUUAA